AAAAAUAUUCCAACCAUGACCGAGCGUACAACAAAGGAGGCCGCCGUGUCCCGAGCGAGUCCAAACCACCGCCUUCCAAGAUCCCCGUAGCAAAAUUUCUUGCGCCUAUUCGCGCUCCCGCCACGUGGCAGACGGCCACGGCCCGCUCUUUCCUCCUUAUAGUGGUCGUCAGCGUCAGCAGCAGUUGUUGCUCUGCUCCUUGCGUCACGAUUUUGCUCCUCUCACCCCAAGCCAAGAAAGAAACCCAAACCAAAAGCAAAUCGAUUUCCAUUCCCAUUUUCUAUAAUUUAUUUCGAUUUUCCUUCCGGAUGGGAUCGUGCAUUUCGAGGCCGGAGGAGUGCGUGGGCGGCCGUCGCCAGAAACCGUCGGGCGGCGACAAGAAAAGGCGGAGGCGGCGGGUUUUGAUUAAGAAGAGAACGAUGAAGACGAUCGAUGAGGCUGGAGAUGGCCGGGAUCAGCUGGCCGUUGAGAACCCCGCUCUUCAAAAAGGAAGCAUUGAGGAAGCAUGGUUCGAGACAUUUUCAAUGGAGCAGUCAGACUCCCCGGAUGAUCUCCACAGUGUUCGUGAAGAGAUAUCCUCUUUACAUGGUUUUGAUGGUGAAUUCAAGUCAUGUGCUUCAUCUUUCAAAGAUGCUAACAAUGGAGGCAUUGACCCACAUCAGGAGGGUUGGAAAUCAGAGGAGCAAUUGAUAGAAAAUCCUGUGAAUAAUCAGUCUAAUGGUUCUUUAAGCAAUUCAAAAGAUUUUUUGACCCGUGAGAAUAUAUCUAGUCUUGCUAUAGAAAAAUGUAACUAUAAGGAGGGAGAGGGAGUGCUUGACAGUUGUGGCAAUAUUCUUCCAAAUAAUUGCUUGCCUUGUAUUGCUACAACUGCUCUUACAGUUGAAAAGAGAAAAUCUUUUACUUCUACACCACCAAACUCAGCUAAAAAGGCAAUCUUGAAGCUUUCGUUCAAGCGGAAGACCAGGGAAGGACACACUACACCCACACUAUUUUCUUCAAACUCAGUCCUCGAGAGGCCAUUAGCGGGUUCCCAAAUUCCAUUCCGCCCAGUGGAAAAGAAAAUGAGUGAUUGCUGGUCACGAAUUGAUCCUGGUACAUUCAGGGUGCGAGGUGAAAAUUAUUUUAGGGACAAGAAGAAAGAGUUCGCUUCAAAUAAUGCAGCAUAUUAUCCAAUUGGUGUUGAUGUUUACUUGUCAGAGCAUAAAAUUAACCAUAUAGCUCGGUUUGUGGAACUUCCCUCUGCAAAUCCAUCUAGCAAGCUCCCACCGCUUCUUGUGGUUAAUGUACAGGUUCCAUUAUAUCCUGCAGCUAUAUUUCAGAAUGCAACGGAUGGAGAAGGAUUUAGCUUUGUAUUGUACUUUAGGCUCUCAGAGAGUUACUCAAAGGAGCUUCGAUCAAAUUUUAUAGAUAGUAUCAGAAGGUUAAUUAACGAUGAUGUGGAAAAGGUUAAAAGCUUUCCUGUGGAUACAAUUGUUCCUUUCCGAGAAAGGUUGAAAAUACUUGGGCGUGUAGCUAAUUUGGAGGAUCUUCCCUCCAGUGCAGCAGAGAAAACACUGAUGCAUAAGUACAACGAAAAGCCUUUGCUUUCUCGUCCUCAGCAUGAAUUUUAUUCGGGUGAAAAUUACUUUGAGAUAGAUUUGGAUAUGCACAGAUUCAGUUACAUUUCAAGAAAAGGAUUUGAAACAUUUUUAGACAGACUGAAGCUUUGCAUAUUGGAUGUUGGCUUAACUAUUCAGGGAAACAAAUCUGAGGAAUUGCCAGAACAGAUUUUGUGUUGUGUGCGACUUAAUGGAAUUGAUUAUACCCACUACCACCCACUUGCAGCGCAUUGGCCUUGAGCUGAGGUGAGCUACACACUAAAGAGUAAACCCUGCUGACAACAUCCAUAGCUUGGGAAGAUUUUUUUUAGUGUUACAUCUGUAACUAAAGGACCUUAUGUGGCAUAUUGGAAGAUUAUUUCAGGGCGGUAUUUCUGCCUUGGAUGAUAGCAAAAAACCAUGUGGUAUUUCAACUCGAAGAGGUCAGUUGAACCCAAAAUGGAUUGCAGGAAGGAUUUGAGAUAGGUAACAAAAUCAAGAUCUAGAUUACUAUUAUGGUUUUAGCGAUGGAGGUGCAGAGAAAGUGCUCUCAGAUGAUAGAGAUGCGUGACUGUCCAUUCAAGUAGAUUUAAUCAAUGUUAAGUAUCAAUCUACACUCAGGCCAAUAUCCAUUUAGCUGGGCAAAUUUCCCUUUCGAUUUGUUCAAAUUAAUCAGGGUUGAAAGAUGUUGUACUUAACAUAUAGAAGAAGUUUUUUCCUGAUAAAUUGGUGUUUUCUCCUUAGGAAACAGAUACUCUGUUUUUGUAUGAUGCAUUUUUCUCAAUUGUUAUAUACAUAUAUAUAUA